UUCAUCUCCGAUUCCUCGGUGAGAUCGAUAAGUUCCGAAGUCGUACGACUUUCUCUUGCUCAACCUUAGUCUCUCUACAAGCUAAAAACAAAACCUCCCUUUAGUUCUUCUCAGUUCUGACGUCCUCAUCGCCUACGCAAGAUGGAAUUGUGGCGGUUGGGAUGUUGGGGGCAUAUUUUGGUGUUGAUGAUGGUUGGGGUGUUAUUGAAUCUUAAAGGGUCCGAAGGGAUUAGGUUUGUCAUAGACAGGGAGGAGUGUUUCUCCCAUGAUGUUAAAUAUACAGGUGACACUGUCCAUGUUUCUUUCGUUGUUGUCAAGUCUGACUCUCUCUGGCGAUUUGGCGGCGGCGCCGGUGAAGGAGUCGAUCUUGUGGUAAAGGGACCUUCAGGCGAGCAAAUUCAAGAUUUCCGUGACAAGACAGCUGAGAAGUUUGAGUUUACCGCUCACAAUUCAGGAGUCCACAAGUUCUGCUUCACCAACAAGUCUCCUGCUCACGAAACCAUUGACUUUGAUGUACAUGAAGAUCACUUCUCUUACUACGAGCAACACGCAAAAGACGAACAUCUGAACCCAUUGCUGGAGCAGAUAGAAAAGUUGGAUCAAACUCUAUACAGCAUUCAGUUUGAACAGCACUGGCUAGAGGCUCAGACUGAUCGCCAAGCAAUAGUGAACGAGGCAAUGAGCCGAAGAGCGAUCCACAAGGCAAUUUUCGAAUCAGCAGCACUAAUAGGCGCCAGCGCAUUGCAGGUCUACUUUCUGCGGCGCUUGUUUGAGAAGAAGCUCGUGACCAGAGUUUAAGUUUUUCAAUUUCUUACGGCAUUGUGAUAUUAUCAUAGCAUAUCAGUGGUUUUUCUUUGUCACUUUGCCAACGUAUCUUCAUAAUUUAUUUCACUAAUAUAUAGUUUUCUUCUACAUUAGCUAUUUUUAGAACAUAGCUGUUUGUUGCUACUACUGCUUAUUGUAAUACCAUCUCUAUUUCGGCGACCCCAUACUUAAAGAUUUAAGAGAAAAUCGC